AUGAGACUCAUCAUCAGACCUGAUAGCAGAUCAGCAUCUGCCCAUGUUGCCCACUACAUUCUAGACCGUAUCAGAACCUUUCAACCAACCUCCGAGAAGCCCUUCGUCCUUGGUCUCCCAACGGGCAGCAGUCCCAUCCAGAUCUACGAAAUACUCGUCACCGAAUACAAAGCUGGCCGCAUCUCUUUCGAGAAUGUCAUCACGUUCAACAUGGAUGAAUACGUCGGGCUACCCCAGACACACCCCGAAUCGUAUCACAGCUUCAUGUUCCGCCACUUCUUCUCCCACGUAGACAUUAAACCAGAGAACGUCCACAUCCUGGACGGUAACGUGGCAGACUUGGAUGCCGAAUGCGCCGCCUACGAAGAAAAGAUCAAAGCAGCAGGCGGCAUCGACCUGUUCCUGGGUGGUGUCGGCCCCGACGGCCACAUCGCGUUCAACGAGCCCGGAUCCAGUCUCGCUUCCAGGACAAGGGUGAAGACCUUGGCCAUGGAUACGAUACGUGCGAAUGCUCGCUUCUUUGGAGGUGAUUUGAAGAAGGUACCGCAGAUGGCGUUGACCGUGGGAGUUCAAACCGUGAUGGAGGCGAGAGAAGUUGUCAUCAUCGUCAAUGGCGCAACCAAAGCCAUCGCGCUUCAGAAGGCGAUAGAAGGCGGAGUCAACCACAUGUGGACUCUGUCUUGCUUGCAGCUCCAUCCUUAUUCAAUGAUUGUCGCAGACGAAGACGCCACAUUGGAGUUGCAGGUGAAGACUGUUAAGUACUUCAAGAGCAUCGAAAAAGUCGGACUCGGAAAGGGAUUCGAGCAGAAGCUCCCGUUGCGAUUGAGGACUGUGUCGCUUGCUAGUCCUCCCCAAACGCCGGCGGACUCCAAGCCUUUCUUGGACGAGGAUCACUUGGUCGAGUUGACCCCAGACAGCAUGUCUUCACGUAUCUCGCCGUGGCCGGUCAUCUAA